ACGUCUACGUUGUCAGUACGUGGUGGGGGAGUCGUGCAGCGUGCAGCAUGUUGUAUCACCUGUUGCUGCAGACAGUAAAGACACAACAGUCAGCAGGUGUAUCAACCGGUCAGCCUCACCUCCUUAUGUAUCAUCUUUAUGGCAGUAAAGACGUGGAGAAGGUCGUCAACGACUUGUCACAGGCGGCGAGCGGAGGGUCGUUGUAUAUUAUCGCUGAUGAAGUAGGGAGUUCUUACUGGUUGGAGUUUUUCUGUAGCAAGCUGCUCACACAAGUUCCUCGUCUCCAUCUGUGGGCGGCAAGUUGUUUCCAUAGAGACGCACCGGACGGCUGGCAAGUGGAAUAUUUAACCAGACCCCUCCGCUCUCCACCGGUCGUCGUCAGGGAGGUGGAGCAGUACGUGUCGAUCAGAAGAGAGCGUGAUGUCCUGCCGUACAGUAAGCGAGGUGUGUCCGACCACACAGACGGCCCGCCAGUCAGACGACUGUAUCACCGAGGUCAGGGUCACUCAGGUGACAGGCCAGGUAAAUGUGUCACGUGCGGUCGUGAGGUGGCCAGCUUCCUACACAGUCUCCGUGUUGGUGUUACAGAGAGUGGCACAGCAACAUCUGCAACAGUAACCUCCAGUAGCGGCGACACACCACCACCCUGUCUACAGUGGAAAGACGUGCUGGUGUUGUACUCGAAUUACGUUAGUGACAACUCGGGUUUGGUGGAGGGACUGGAACAAGCGGGUAUCCCAGUGCGGGUGAUGAAGGAUGACGACAUCGAGGACGUGGCCAAGGCCCGCAGUGACGUGGUGUGGGAGGCGAGUGGACAUCGUGUUCGUGGUCUGGAGAGAAAAGUCGUCGUGUGUCUGGAGGAUUCUAAGUCGUACUCUGCUAAUUCUGACCGACUUGACCUUAUGUCCUGCUGUACGUCACAACUUGUGAUUGUCUCCCCUGAAGAUGAUGAUGAUGAUGAUGAUGAUGAAUGAAGUUGGUCUGUGUUGGGUCGUGUUGGUUGGUAAUGUAAAAUUUUGUGUUGUAUUUCGUUAUAGUGUUGGUCAGCCCUAUCAUGACCAGUUUCAGUGCGGUUGAUCUCCUGACAUUGAUAUCAGUCUGUAGAAGACAGCGCUCAAACACACACACACACACACAAACACACAAACACACAAACACACAAACAAAUCUUUAUCAGCAUGAAAUUAUUGUUCAAACACCAUGCAUACACCCACACAAGCACAGGGCACCCUCUGUCGCUCUCUCUGGGAUGAGAAAAGUUCGAUGACUCUACAAUUCUAUUUACCAUGACAACUAUUCACAGCCAUACUUAGCGUCUUUGGUAACAUCAGGACAAAGAAACAGAAUGAAAGAAGCAGGCGACAUGUCUGAGGGACUCUGUUUAUCUGUCUUUUUUGUGUGCUUAAGAUAUUUCAUCUUAAUUUCAUUUAUUAUAUGAAUGAUGACAUCGCCCGCAUGACGUAUCUAUAAUAAUAAUAAUAAUAAUAAUAAUAAUAAUAAUAAUAAUAAUAAUAAUAAUAAUAACAACAAUAUGAUGUUAUAUAAUAACAUGCAGCAUUGCGACCAAGGUAGAUCGGACUCUGUGCGCAGACCAAUGAUGAUAAAUGAAAGAUAACAGCCAGUGGACAGUGAAGUACUUCAGACACUGAACAACAUAAAGAUGUUGUACAAGAGUAGAAGGUACAGCAGCUGAUGAAGGUAUGAAGAGAUG